UUCGAUGAUAUUCCCACUUUGUGAGUGAUCAUGUGGUCGACCAUAGCAGCAUCGAGCCGCAGCCAGUCCCAGGCCCGUACCAUCGCUUCUUUUUCUCGGAUGGAUUCCAUGUCGUUUCUCAGCCAGGCGGCAAAUAUCAGCCCUCCUCAGGAUCGCGAAUGGUGCUACAUGACGCUUCUUCGUCCGGUGCGCAGAUCGGACUCGGGCAAUGGCGCGAAAACAAAUGCCUCUCCUUCAAAUUCGAGGGCAUCAGCUUGGGUUGCGAUUCAACCGACACUGCUUGCGUCUUCGACGUGGUUGGCCUGCAGUGGAAUGAUGUCGAGGAUGUCGUCCAAGGAAACGCCACCAUCGAGGUCGCAGCAUGUCCCAAGCCAUCAGGUUGUAUACUCGAAUUUCACGCCCUGGACCCGGCAGUCAGCUCCGCAUUUACUAACCUCACGGCGAUUAACAUCACGCUGGUGAACCCUGGCGUACCACGAUCCUGGUGGGCAGAUGAUCUUCAAAUCGCAUGGGUUAACAAUGACUGCACGGUUGCUGCAUGCCGGGCCCGGGUGCCAAACGAGAUGGCGUCGCCUCGCGCUCAUGGAUCGUUUGCUGGUUCGGCCAAGGGACUUAUGCGCUGGGCGAUCCGUGGAUGAGCAGUGGAUCGAUUUCAUGCUUGCUACCGCAUUAAUUUCGCGCUCAGUUUUGACGCACAGGGAGGCGUGCCAGUAUGUCGCUACCAUGUGCA